GUAGAAAGUGUGUGUGAGCUGACGUCAAUUCAGCAGCAUGGAUCAGUGUGACGACAGAGAGGAGGGGGUCCCUCCCUCUAAAACCACUCUGUGUGGGGAACAUGAGAGCCAGACCACAGCUCAGAGGAACCAACCUGGACCUGAACCCAGCUGUUUAUCCUUAAAAAGCAGUGAUUCAAAGGAAGUUGUGAUUAAUUUCAGACAAAAAAGUUCCUUUGGUAAAAUGAUUCAUCAAAGACCAGACGCACGUGGACAUGAAUAUAAAGAUGAACCCAGCAAUGUCUCCUUUAAGAGCAAUAAUUCAAGGAAACAGCCUACUGAUUUUAAAGAUGAACAGGCUAAUUCUGUAAACUUGGACCAGGAGAGCUCAGAGGUACCCAGUGGGCAAUCUGCACAUCUGUGUCAAACACACUUGGAGUCAAUAUUUAUGCUCUUGGAGGACAACAUCAUCUCUUUUGUGAAGAAACAACUGAAGGAGCUACAGAAGGUUUUACAUGCAGAUUUUCCAGAAUACUUAGAAAGUCAGAGCAAGGAUGAAGAGAUGCUGGAGGCUGAGGUUAAAGAGCAGAGGGAAAACAGCAGAGAGGCUUUUGUGAAGAUUACACUGCACUUCCUGAGGAAAAUUAAGCAAGAGGAACUUGCUGAUAGUCUGCAAAACAAAAUCUUUGCUCGACGUUAUCAAUAUGAACUUAAAUCUCACCUAAAAAAGAAAUUUGGGUGUGUGUUUGAGGGGAUCGCUAAAACAGGAAAUCCAACCCUUCUGAAUCAGAUCUACACAGAGCUCUACAUCACAGAGGGAGGGACUGGAAAUGUGAAUGCCAAACAUGAGAUCAGACAGAUUGAAACAGCAUCCAGGAGACUACACAAAAAAGAAACAACAAUUAGACAAGAAGACAUCUUUAAAGCCCCACCUGGAAGAGAUAAACCAAUCAGAACAGUCCUGACAAAGGGAGUGGCUGGGAUUGGGAAAACAGUCUUAACACAGAAGUUCACGCUAGACUGGGCUGAAAAAAAAGCUAACCAGAACUUUCAGUUCAUAUUUCCAUUUGCAUUCAGAGAACUGAAUGUCCUUAAAGAGAACAAGUUUAGUUUGGUGGAACUUGUUAAUCUCUUCUUUAGUGAAAUCAGAGAAGUAAGAAUCUGCAGCUUUGAGGACUUCCAGGUUUUGUUUAUCUUUGAUGGUCUGGAUGAGUGCCGACUUCCUCUGGAUUUCCACAACACUGAGCUCAUAACUGACCCUAGAAAGUCCACCUCAGUGGAUGCGCUGCUGAUAAACCUCAUCAAGGGGAACCUGCUUCCCUCUGCUCAGCUCUGGAUAACCACACGACCUGCAGCAGCCAAUCAGAUCCCUGCUGAGUGUGUGGACAUGGUGACAGAGGUCAGGGGGUUCACUGACCCACAGAAGGAGGAGUACUUCAGGAAGAGAUCUAGAGAUGAGAAGCAGGCCAGCAGGAUCAUCUCCCACAUCAAGACAUCACGAAGCCUCCACAUCAUGUGCCACAUCCCAGUCUUCUGCUGGAUCACUGCUACAGUUCUGGAGGAUGUGCUGAAAACCAGAGAGGGAGGACAGCUGCCAAAGACCUUGACUGAUAUGUACAUCCACUUCCUGGUGGUUCAGACAAAAGUGAAGAAGUUCAAGUAUGAUGGAGGAGCUGAGACAGAUCCACACUGGAGUCCAGAGAGCAGGAAGAUGGUUGAGUCUCUGGGAAAACUGGCUUUUGAUCAGCUGCAGAAAGGCAACCUGAUCUUCUAUGAAUCAGACCUGACAGAGUGUGGCAUCGAUAUCACAGCAGCCUCAGUGUACUCAGGAGUGUUCACACAGAUAUUUAAAGAGGAGAGAGGGCUGUACCAGGACAAGGUGUUCUGCUUCAUCCAUCUGAGUGUUCAGGAGUUUCUGGCUGCUCUUCAUGUCCAUCUGACCUUCAUCAACACUGGAGUCAAUCUGCUGGAAGAGAAACAAAACACCUCCAGGAACUUUGAAACAAGACAACAUACAGGGUCUCAAUUCUAUGAGAGUGCUGUCAAAAAGGCCUUACAGAGUCCAAAUGGAUUACUGGACUUGUUUCUUCGCUUCCUCCUGGGUCUUUCACUGCAGUCCAAUCAGAACCUCCUACGAGGUCUUCUGACACAGACAGGAAAUGGCUCACAGAUCAAUCAGGAAACUGUCCAGUACAUCAAGAAGAAGCUCAAUGAGAAUCUGUCUGUAGAGAACAGCAUCAACCUGUUCCACUGUCUAAAUGAGCUGAAUGAUCGUGCCAUAGUGGAGAAGAUCCAACAGUCUUUGAGUUCAGAACAAUUCUCCACAGAUGAGCUGUCUCCUGCUCAGUGGUCAGCUCUGGUUUUCAUCUUACUGUCGUCAGAAGGAGACCUUGAGGUUUUUGACUUGAAGAAAUAUUCUGCUUCAGAGGAUGCUCUUCUGAGGCUGCUGCCAGUGGUCAAAGCUUCUCAAAAAGCUCUGCUAAAUAGCUGUAACCUGUCAGAAAGAAGCUGUGAAGCUCUGUCCUCUGUGCUUAAAAUGGAGGACUGUGAAUUGACAGCUAUAGAUCUGAGUAACAACAACCUGCGGGACUCAGGAGUGAAGUUGAUAUCUGCUGGACUGAAGCAUCCACACAUUACACUGAAAACUAUCAGACUGAGUGGCUGUGACCUAUCACAGAGAAGCUGUGAAAUUAUAUCCUCCAUUCUCAGUUCCCAGUUCUGUAGUCUAAUUGAGCUGGACUUGAGUAACAAUGACCUGGCAAAAUCAGGAGUGAAAGUGUUGUCUUCUGGAUUAGGAAGUCUUCACUGUAAACUAGAAACACUCAGGUUGUCAGGGUGUUUGAUCACAGACGAAGCUUGUGGUUCUCUCGUCUCAGCUCUGAGCUCCAACCCUUCUUGUCUGAGGGAGCUGGACCUGAGCUACAAUCAUCCAGGACAGGAACAAGUAAAGCAGCUGUCCGCUAUACUGAAGGAUCCAUCCUGGGGACUCCACACUCUUAGGGUGGAGCCUGCUGGAGUCCGAUGGUUGAGACCAGGAGUCAUCAUCAAAGUGUCAAUCAAUGAACAGAUGACGGACCAAUAA